AUGUCAAAAGAAAUAAGGGGCUGUAAGAAAGGGUUGGCCACUACAAAGGAUAUUGAUAUAGUGUAUAAGAAAGAGAAAGGUUUUGUUGUUGACAAAACUGGACUUAUUUUCUUAUUGGGGCUUAUCAUUGAUACUUGUAGUUCUAUAAAUCCUACUUUGGGUUUCACUCGUCUCACUUUCAACAAGUCAUACUAUACUAAUCAUAAACCCUAUAAUGUUCCACUUGAGGAGAGGUAUAGCUUCAUCAAUGGUGUUCACAAACUAUGGGUUUACUCCAAUGAUAAACCAUUUCGUUCUGAUAGUCCCACCAAACCACGCUCUGAAAUAUCAAUCAAUGGAUAUGUAUAUUCUAAGGGGGUUUGGCAAUUUGAAGGAUAUAUGUUUGUGCCGCAUGGGACAAGUGGGGUGAGCUUGAUGCAAGUGUUUGGGGGAGAUCCACAGGCUACAACAUUAAUGGUUCGUGUGUAUGAUGGAAAUCUUUACUGCUAUAGAAGCAAAGUUAUUCUUAAUAAUAUAUACGAUAAAUGGAUCCGCUUGAAUGUUAUCCAUGAUAAGGACAAUGACAACGUUAAGGUCUACCUUAAUGGGGAUCUUAAGUUCGAAGGGCGUGGCCGAGAUGGAACCGAGCAUUAUUUCAAAUUUGGCGUCUAUGCGCAAGAUCAAGAUUCCUCGUGUAUGGAAUCUCGAUGGAAAGAUAUCAAAAUAUAUAAAAAGUCCAACUAG